CCCCGUGAGUCCUGGUGAAGGCAGCUGAAGGACAGAGAGUGAGUGGUCGAAAGAGAGGAAGACUGGGACUGUGACAUCCCGCUGCUGGACUCUCAUUGGAAUAAUCUAAAAUCAUCUGUGAACAAAUGGUCUGAAAGGGACAAAACAAACAAACAAACAAAAAAAAAACAUCUUAGAAGCUGAAAGUCUGCCUCUUCGCAUGUAUUUGGGAUGAAGCACCUGUUGGACAUUCACUUCUUCCUGCUCAGCCUCCUUCACCUGUUAGGAGCCGUCACAUCACAAGUCAACCCAGAUGUCUGUCGGUAUCCUCUGGGGAUGUCAGGAGGACAGAUUCAAGAUGAGGACAUCUCUGCCUCCAGCCAGUGGUCUGAAUCUACCGCUGCCAGAUAUGGCAGGUUGAACAGUGAGGAGGGUGAUGGCGCGUGGUGUCCAGAGAUAACAGUCGAACCAGACAACCUGAAGGAGUUCCUUCAGAUUGACCUGCGCUCGCUCCACUUUAUCACUCUUGUGGGAACCCAAGGUCGACAUGCUGGGGGCAUUGGUAAUGAGUUUACCCAGAUGUAUAAGAUUAAAUACAGUCGUGAUGGCAGUCGGUGGAUCUCAUGGAGAGACAGGCAGGGGAAACAGGUGAUUGAGGGAAACAGGAAUGCCUAUGAAACUGUGCUCAAGGACCUUAAACCUCCCAUCAUUGCUCGCUAUGUUCGCUUCAUGCCUGUAACAGAACACUCCAUGAAUGUCUGCAUGAGAGUAGAGCUCUACGGCUGCGAAUGGCUGGAUGGUCUUGUUUCGUAUAACUCUCCAACAGGAGAACAGAUGAACUUGCCUGCUUACACUCUUUACCUGAAUGAUUCUGCCUAUGAUGGCGCCGUUAUCCACAGUAUGACAGAAGGCUUGGGCCAGCUGACUGAUGGAGAGUGCGGUCCAAAUGACUUUAAAGAAGAUCUCAUCUACAAACUAUGGCAGGGGUAUGACUAUGUGGGCUGGAACAACGAAAGCUUCCCCAGUGGAUUUGUUGAGAUAAUGUUUGAGUUUGAUCGUAUACGCAACUUUACCACAAUGAAGGUCCACUGCAACAACAUGCUUCCCCUGCACAUCAAGGCCUUCCGUCAAGUGGUUUGUUACUUCCGCUCCGAUUCAGACUGGGAGGCCAUACCGCUCUCCUUCAGACCUGAGGUGGAUGACAAGAAUUCAGAUGCCCGGUUUGUUACUGUCAGCCUGGCCAAUCACAUGGCAAGUGCCAUCAAAUGCCAGUUCUACUUUGCGGAUGCCUGGAUGCUGUUCAGUGAGAUCACUUUCCAGUCAGAUACAGCCAUGUACAAUACAACACUGGCUCCACCCAAGACCGGACUUCCACCGAACAUACCGCCAGAAGAUGAUCCCACCCACAAAGUUGAUGAUAGCAACACCCGGAUUCUGAUUGGCUGUUUAGUAGCGAUCAUUUUCAUCCUGGUGGCCAUUAUUGUUAUUAUCUUGUGGAGGCAGGUGUGGCAGAAGAUGUUGGAGAAGGCGUCUCGUCGGAUGCUGGAUGAUGAACUAACUGCUAGUUUGUCAAUACAGAGUGAGACAUUUGGCUACAACCACAACCAGUCGAGUGCAGCCAAUGAGCAGCAGUCUAAUUCCACCUAUGAGCGCAUCUUCCCUCUCAGUCCAGACUAUCAGGAGCCAUCACGCCUCAUAUGUAAACUGCCAGAGUUUGCACAGAGCCCAGAAGAGCUUGCUUCAACUAGCCCCUCAGCCUCUAAAUCCACCACUACAACUGUGGCCCAAGAUGGCGUCCCUCAUUAUGCAGAAGCAGACAUUGUCGACUUGCAAGGCGUUACAGGAAGCAACACAUAUGCCAUCCCUGCAGUAACUAUGGACCUGCUGUCAGGGAAGGAUGUUGUUGUGGAAGAGUUCCCCCGAAAACUGCUCACAUUCAAAGAGAAACUGGGAGAGGGCCAGUUUGGAGAGGUCCACCUGUGUGAAGCAGAGGGAAUGCAGGAGUUUAUGAAUGAAGAAUAUCUGUUUGAUAUUCCAGAGGACCAGCCAGUCUUAGUGGCUGUGAAGAUGCUCCGUUCAGAUGCCAACAAAAAUGCAAGGAAUGACUUCCUCAAAGAGAUAAAGAUCAUGUCACGUUUAAAGGACCCCAACAUCAUUCGCCUGCUAGCUGUGUGCAUCUACAGCGACCCUCUCUGUAUGAUCACAGAGUACAUGGAAAAUGGAGAUCUCAACCAGUUUCUGUCCCGCCAUGAAGCUGAGGGACAACUUGCUUUGCUCAGCAACACACCUACAGUCAGCUUCACUAACCUGUGCUACAUGGCCACUCAGAUAGCCUCAGGGAUGAAGUACCUCUCCUCCCUGAACUUUGUCCACCGAGACUUGGCCACACGUAAUUGUUUGGUGGGCAAAAAUUACACAAUAAAGAUUGCUGACUUUGGCAUGAGCAGGAACUUAUACAGUGGCGACUACUACCGGAUCCAGGGUAGAGCGGUGCUGCCUAUACGCUGGAUGUCAUGGGAGAGCAUCCUACUGGGUAAGUUCACCACAGCGAGCGAUGUUUGGGCCUUUGGGGUGACCUUGUGGGAGAUACUAAACUUCUGCAAGGAGCAACCCUAUUCUCAGCUCACUGAUGAGCAGGUGAUAGAAAACACAGGGGAGUUUUUCAGGGACCAGAAACGACAGAUCUACCUGCCCCAACCUGUGCUGUGUCCAGACUUGCUCUACAAGAUCAUGCUCAGCUGCUGGAGGAGGAAUGCAAAGGAACGGCCCUCCUUUCAGGAAAUACACAAAAGCCUCUUGGAUUUACAGGCUUAAGCCAGAGCAAAGUUUUAGACAGUUAUUCCCUGUCUGCUCAUCUCUGAAAAAGUGGUGUUUGACAAGAGUGGCAGACAUGCCAGGUUUAAGCUAUCUUGUUUCAGCAGAGAGACAGGGUGAGGGGAUCACCUGAGGGCUCUGUGCACAUUAUCCAGAUGGACUACCAAGGGGAUUUUUUGUGUUUCAGUUUGAUUAAAAUUAACUAAAAGUUUCAUAGAAAAACAAACAAAAAAACAAACAAAAAACAAAACAAAACAAAAAAAGAAAACAAACAAACAAACAAAAAAAAAACUACACCAUACUUUAAACACAAACAUGUUUAAAGACAUGAACUUUGGUUGGAACAUGUCUUAAGCAGCCAAAACUUUAAUGUAGCAAGUGAUAUUUGGCACUUUUGAAACUUUUGAAUAUUCAUGUAAAUUUAUUGUUUUAGUUAAAGGUUUUCCAUGUUAUAUCUAAAUGAUUGAUAAAGUCAUUGCUGAAGACCUUACUUGUGUUUUCUUUUAGAAGACUGCUUGAAUGUAGAGGGGAAAGUGCAGCAAACCAUUAAUUACAGUUAAAUUUAAUAUUUUUCAAGUAUCUCAUUUUCAUUUAUAGAAAGACAUUAUAAGACAAAAAUAUCAAAUAAAUCUGUCUUUUUCCAUCUCCUGCCAUUUUCCUACAGGAACUUCAGCAAAAACUGUAUAUAGCUGUGUAUUUUCAAUAGACAUGUUUUAUCAUGUUACUUUUCUUAAUUAUUACAUUUUUGUUGUUUUUUUCUUCCUUCCACAAACGUUUUGAAGUUGAUCACAAAUUAAGAUUAGCAGUGAGUGCUUAAAAAGAUUAUUUUGCAGGAUGUUUAUCAGGAAUCCUGGCUGUGUUUAGGUCAUGUUGCUGUGUCAGAUCAGCUGUAUGUGUUUAGAGUUGGCUUCAUUGGAAAGAUGUCAGUGACUGUGCUGUGGAUGUUGAUAGCUCUAUUUUAAAGUCAUGAAUGUAUAUGAAAUGCGAUUUUUCACCUAGAAUGAUGCAUUUUAUUGAAACAUUUAAUUAGUAUGAGUGAUGCCAAUUAUGAACAAUGGAACUCAGCUUAUGACUCAUCUGCAGUGUUUAGCAGUCAUCAUUCAUUUGGAGCUCUUUUAUUGAUGCAUUUUGGACCUUUGCUACUAUUCUGUUCUAUUUUGCUACUCAUCUGUGCUUUGUGUUCUUAAUUUUGAACACUUAUUUCAUAAAUUAGAGAUGGUCAUAGCUGCUUGAAGAAAAACCAUCUUCAUCUGUUGUUUGGAGGACAUCAUCAGGGCAAAAAACAAAAAAUUUAGAUAUUUGAUUCCAGUGCAAAUUAAUAAGGCAAGUGUUGAUUUCCUUCUCAAUAAACUUUUUAAAUGAAGUUUUCGACCCUGUCACCAUUGCUACAAAUGAACAAACACAUAUAGCUCUGCAAAUGUAA